UGGGCUUUGUUAAUCUUUGUUUUUUUUCAGAUUGAUCCACGCCAUCGUUAUGGACACAAUUUACACUUCUACUAUGAUGUCUGGUCUGAUAGCAAGAGCACCCAACCUUUCUUCUACUGGUUGGAUGUUGGUGAUGGUAAAGACCUAAAUCUUGAAAGGUGCCUAAGGACUGUUCUACAACGUCAAUGCAUCGCGUAUCUUGGACCAAAAGAGAGGGAAGCAUAUGAAGUAAUUGUAGAGAGUGGAAAGCUUUUAUACAGGCAAACAGGGAUGCUUAUUAACACAGUUGAGGGUUCUAAGUGGAUUUUUGUGCUCAGCACAUCAAGGGCUUUGUAUGUGGGUCAGAAGAAGAAAGGUGUUUUUCAACACUCAAGUUUUCUAUCGGGAGGUGCUACAUCAGCAGCAGGGAGAUUAGUUGCCCAUGAUGGGGUUCUUGAGGUACUAUCUAUAACAUAGCAUAGACACAAUUAUUGAUUUUUCAUCAUGUUGCAGUUCAAUUUCUAAGCCAAAUGCAUCUCUCUCUCUCUCUCACACACGCACACACACGAACAC